GUCAGGUCUGGACGCCAUGUUGGUCAGCCCGUGUUAACUUCUUCUUGAACGACGCUUUUCUUUAAUUCACUUACGGGAUUUGAUCAACCUAAUUGGCUUCGACAGAAGUAAACGUUUUCGGCAUUUCCGCGGUUGGGAAAAAAUGUCAUUUAAUGCUCCACUUCAGAACUGCAUUUCCAUAUCGGACCUGCACCCAAGCACCACUCAUCCUAAUGUCGAAGGAGUUGUUAUUGGCAAGACCGAUAUCAAAGGCUUUCCAGACAGAAAAAGUUGCGUACAGUAUAUUUUUAGUGAUAUUGGGUCAGAAAGACACACAUUCAGGUUUACAAUUAAGGAUUCUCCUGACCAUUUCAUCAAUGUUUUUUCCUGGGGAAGAGAGAAUUUUAUCCGUGCCUUGUCAGACAGUUUCAGAAUUGGAGACUGUGUUGUAAUUGAAAACCCUUUAAUAGUAACCAAAGAUGUGGAGAAAGAGGAGCAGUUCAACCCAUCAACCCCAAGCUUCUACAAACUGUUAGUGAGCGAAAACCAUUCAACUGUCAGGGUAUGCUCUGACAUAGAAAGAGAAACCAGGCUUCUUUCUUUAUUCCAUCUGCCUGUGAAGGAUUCUCAAGAUUUCUACCCACUGGGGGACAUUAUUGCCAAUGGGCAGAGCCUUGAUGGAAAAGUUAUAAAUAUUCUGGCAGCAGUUCGAUCGGUUGGUGGACCAAAGUAUUUCACAACAGCAGACAGGCGCAAAGGACAGAGGUGUGAAGUAAAACUAUUUGAUGAAACUGUACCGUCCUUUCCCUUGAUCUGCUGGGACAAUGAAGCCAUUCAUCUUGCUCAGACAUGGAUCCCAAUAGAGACAGUGCUCUUCAUUGCUGAUGCCCGAAUUACAUUUGACAGGUUUCGUCACAGUAUGGCUGCAACAGUUACUUCGAAAACAAUCAUUACUGUCAACCCUGACACAAAAGAAGCCAAUCUGCUGUUCAACUAUGCCGGGGAGUUUGUUAAAACUGGAGGAUUGGAUGACCCAGAUGACCUGGCAGCAGAUGGAGUGAACUUGGACUCUAUUGUUGAUGUAUUCACUGUACAUCAGCUGAAACUCAGAGCCCAUGAAAAUCUUGAUGGGCCUGACUCCAUCUAUGGAAUCACGUAUGCCUUUGUCACUACAAUGAACCUUGACUCAUCUUGUUCCAAAUUAAUACGAAACAGGUGUGCAAGAUGCAUGUUUUUGAUAAAUGAAGAAACGCAGAGUUGCUCCAGCAUCACAUGCAGUGAGUCAGGAAAUCCUACAGAAGCCAUUGCAAGCUUUGAUUUGCUGGUGGACCUCACUGAUCACACUGGCACUCUGAAGUCCUGCAACCUGUCUGGCACUGCAGCAGAAAAAACACUGGGCUGCACUGCUGAAGAGUUUAUUUGUCUGACAGAAGGGCAGAAGACAGCCCUGAAAUGGAAAUUCCUUCUGGAAAGGUGCAAAGUUUACCAUAAGCCUACCACAGUCAUCGAGUUUAAGCUGUUAAUUUCCAGGUGCUUCCAGCCCCCAAUUCCAGAAGUGGUCUGAGGGUGAAUGUGCUGUCCUGCACACUGGCUGACCCUGUGGAAACAGGACAAAGCUUUUCGAGAUCAGCAAUGUGAACCCAGAAUACGAAACAGGCAGAAGUCCAGGACGGUAUUGUUAAUUUUGCCUUUUUUCAAAAAAGAAUACACUAUCCAAACAUCUGCUCUCUAUGAGCUAAAUUAUCAAAUAUUUUUAUUGCUGAAUUUUAACAUCUGGCGUUUAAAGACUUGUUUUAAGUCAUUUACUGUUAAUUUGAAUAACAUUAGCCGAAUGUGAGAUAGAAUAUAAUUUAUCUUGUACAUUUUCUGAUCUCCUUUUUAUCAGAUUUUUGGUGCACACAUUAACUGAGUGAUGCAAUGUUCUUAUUAAUGAAAUUCUCUGAUAUUGUUUUUUUUUAAAUGUCAUGAUAGCUUUUAUUUUCUUUACAUCACAAUGUGAUUAUUGCAGGGUACAAAGUGAAGUAAAUGUUCAAGAACUGAAAGGAAAGUAGAACCUCAUAGACGCCAUUUUCAGAAAACCAGAGUAAGGUGUCUUGAAUGAGUGCAGGUCCAUUGUGAAAUGAUUGGAAUUGUAUUUUUCAACUAUACACACACGAAUGUAAUUGAGAGCAUUGAGCCUGACGGAUGGUUAAUGGAAAAUAAAUGGAGAAAUGUAGAGAA